AUGGUAGAUUCAAGACCAAAGCCUCAUGCAAUAUUAGUAUGUUGUCCACUACAAGGCCAUGUUAUUCCCACAAUCCAUCUAACCAUCAAGCUUGCACAAAAAGGCUUCACUAUCACCUUUAUCAACACUCAAUCUACACACGAUCAGAUCACUCAAAAGAAUAGUCAGGACGAUAUAUUUUCUAGCUAUCAGGGUUUCAGGCUAGAUACACGUUAUAUGACGGUGUCUGAUGGACUUCCAGUAAAAUUUCGCCCGGUCAUUGAACCAUACCAAUUCCUGGCUGCUUUGUUACAUGUCUUCUCAGCUCAUGUUGAGGAAGCUUUGCUGAAAAUUAUGGAGUCAGAAAAUGAUCCUCCUGUGAAUUGCUUGAUUGCUGAUUCUUUCUUUCGGUGUGUUUCCAGGAAAAUUAGCCAAGAAAUAUGGACUUUUGUACAUAUCUUUUUGGACAGAGCCAGCUUUGGUUUUUACCCUUUAUUAUCAUCUUCAUCUCUUGGAGUUAAACAUUUUGGUUGCACUGGUAAGCCUCCCUAA